GGCUGCUCACGCUAAGGGCCACAGCGGCAGCGCUCCGGCCUCGCACCGCCGCUCCACGCCUCGCGGGGCCCGCGGGGCCAGCCCGGCCGGGCGGGGAUGCUGGGGCGGAGGGCGCAGUGGCUGUGCUGGUGGUGGGGGCUGCUGUGCAGCUGCUGCGGCCCCCCGCCGCUGCGGCCCCCCCUGCCCGCCGCCGCCGCUGCCGCCGACGGGGGGGCGCUGCUGGGGGACGGCGGGAGCCCGGGCCACGCGGAGCAGCCGCCGCCGCCGCCGCAGUCCUCCUCGGGCUUCCUCUACCGGCGGCUCAAGACGCACGAGAAGCGCGAGAUGCAGAAGGAGAUCCUCUCCGUGCUGGGGCUCCCGCACCGGCCCCGGCCCCUGCACGGCCUCCAGCAGCCGCAGCCCGCUGCGCUCCCGCAGGAGCAGCCUCGCGGGGAGCCCCCUCCCGGGCGGCUGAAGUCUGCGCCCCUCUUCAUGCUGGAUCUGUACAACGCCCUGGCAGCCGACGACGAUGAGGACUGGGCGUCGGACGAGGAGAGGCGGCAGCCCGGGCCCCGAGGAGGGGCCGGCUCGUCUCAGCCCCGGCAGCCGCCCCCCGGCGCGGCGCACCCGGUCAACGGCAAGAGCCUCCUGGCCUCGGGACCCGGCGGCGGCACGUCCCCACUGACCAGUGCGCAGGACAGCGCCUUCCUCAACGACGCGGACAUGGUCAUGAGCUUUGUGAACCUGGUGGAGCACGAGAAGGAGUUCUCCCCUGGCCAGCGAUACCACAAAGAGUUCAAGUUCAACUUAUCCCAGAUUCCUGAGGGUGAGGCGGUGACGGCUGCAGAAUUCCGAAUCUACAAGGACUGUGUUGUGGGGAGUUUUAAAAACCAAACUUUUCUUAUCAGCAUUUAUCAAGUCUUGCAGGAGCAUCAGCACAGAGACUCUGACCUAUUUUUGUUGGACACCCGCGUGGUGUGGGCCUCAGAAGAAGGCUGGCUGGAAUUUGACAUCACAGCCACUAGCAACCUGUGGGUCGUGACCCCACAGCACAACAUGGGGCUUCAGCUGAGCGUGGUGACUCGGGAUGGACUCAACAUCAACCCCCGAGCUGCAGGCCUGGUGGGCAGAGAUGGCCCUUACGACAAGCAGCCCUUCAUGGUGGCCUUCUUCAAAGUGAGUGAGGUCCAUGUGCGCACCACGAGGUCAGCCCCUGGGCGGCGCCGACAGCAGAGCCGAAAUCGCUCCACCCAGUCGCAGGACGUGUCGCGGGUCUCCAGCGCUUCAGAUUAUAACAGCAGUGAGUUGAAAACAGCCUGCAGGAAACAUGAGCUUUACGUGAGCUUCCAAGACCUGGGAUGGCAGGACUGGAUCAUCGCACCCAAGGGCUAUGCUGCCAAUUACUGUGAUGGAGAAUGCUCCUUCCCGCUCAAUGCACACAUGAAUGCCACAAACCACGCGAUCGUGCAGACGCUGGUUCACCUUAUGAAUCCUGAGUAUGUCCCCAAACCUUGCUGUGCGCCGACCAAACUGAAUGCCAUCUCGGUUCUUUACUUUGAUGACAACUCCAAUGUCAUCUUGAAAAAAUACAGGAAUAUGGUCGUCAGAGCUUGUGGAUGCCACUAACUCAAAACCAGUUGCUGGGGACACAGAUGCUGCCUUGGGUUCCCAGAUGACAUCUGCCUUAAAAACAAACAUUCAGAAGCACAGCGAAGGGGGGAGGCGAGGCUUUGAAGCCGUUCAGUGCUGGUUGGUGCCUUACCGCCCACAGAAGAUUGUAAAGGGCCUCGUUAAUAAUUCGCUCACACAGUAAAUAACGUGAGUAGUUGUUGGUCUAUAGGAAAUGGAGUUUGGAUGUCUGCAGUAUGAAGUCUGGUUAACUAAAGAAACAUAACUUUGAAGUAUUCCCCCCCCGCCCCCACACACACACCCAACAAAAGAAAGAGCCCACUGAAAUUAGUUUUAGCUUUAGAUCAAGCUAUUUGUGGCAUUAGUGUCUAACAGUAAAUAGGGAAAAUAAUCUUAAAAGGAGUAUUCUUGGCUAAAGUAUCCACCCGUUCUGUAGUGUUUGUCGAAGGGAGACCUACAGAUAAUGGAAACUGGGGGGAAAUGCCUCUGUUCACAGAUUUCAUUCCCAGAAAAGUUGGUUUCAUGUAGGAUCAACAGCCUGGGUCGUCCCCAGGGCUGCGUGGAAGUGCCUUGUCUCCGUCGCUGCCGUUAGCGUUUGUGGUGGAGUUCUGUUGGUGUGAAAAUAUACUUAUUUCGGUCCAACAAACGAUGUCAUUUCCACACCUCGGUCCCCUACCCCCACCCCAACAUUUGCUAUUUUCUCUGCUAACACCAUAAGUGGGGCGAGUUGAGCAUUGCGGUGAGGCUACAGGGGGCCAGAAGCAUUUUUGACAGCCAUCACUUUAACCGUGUCACACGUGAAAGCCAUUCUGUGCCUCCUCUUCUGGAACGGCUCUUGGAAAAGCACAUUAACUUCGGGAAUGUAGGCUUUAAUAGUUCACCUAUCUCAGUAAAAUGGCUGUCUGCCUUUUACUGGACAGCAUGCCAGGUCACGGGGUUAGAAGCAAUAAAGGAAACAAAAUGAGGAAGGAAGCCCCCAGCCGCUAGGAAUGGGAUGGGCAUGCCCUCAUGAACCCGAAUCCCAUUUUCUCUUGUAGAAAGUAAGACGCCGAUGAAAUCGUAGAAUGUUUUUAAAGUGUCUUUUUCACAAUCAUGUACUAGGAAGCCAAUUUCAUACUAAACUGAUUAAAUAAUACAUUUAUGAUCUAAAACUGUUUGCACUUACAGCUUUUUUGUAAAUAGAAACUAUAAUUUAUUGUCUAUUUUAUAUCUGUUUUGCUGUAACAUUUAAGGAAAGACCAGACUUUUUUUUCUUUUUUUAAAAGAGUUUAUUUAGAAAGUAUCAUAGUGUAAACAAAUUGUACCACUUGGAUUUUCUCUUAAUACAAGACUCAUGAUGCAAAGCUGAAGCCACUCAUGAGGAUUGUGCUUCUCUAGAAAGUUGGGGUUUUAAAAGAACAUCUGUGAACCAUACAUAAUUAAUAAAGAUUUCCUUUAAGGCA